AUGGAAGACCUCUUUUGGGUGAAUCUCUCUUGCUUGCUUGAAGAACGCUCAUUAGCACUCUUGAAAUGGGCUCAGUUUGACAUGGCUUUACGCGACACGAAUGCCAUUCUGACACUUGACCCGACAUUAGCCCUUGAUUACCGGUCAUACUUAUCUUACUGUGGCCGACAACAAAAAGUGAUUGAGGUGUUUGAACAAGAUCUCAAUAUCGAAUCGGGAAUGGAUGAUGAUGAACGACAACACUAUCAGUAUUUGUUGGAUGCAGCGAUGAUACAACAAAAAGAUGUCGAUUUACCGUUCCCCGUAGUAUCCACCAGCAUUGUACCGUUAUUGAUGGAUGAUGAACGGUGCAACCUAAGAAGAUCAUGUCCGUAUCCACAAGUUUCAAAGAGUUUUCGAAGAGUUGGCGUGAACGAUUUGGACAUGACAAGCUGUGCUAUGUGA